GAUUCGUAGUCAUGACUACGAAAGUUGUCAAUAUGUUUACAAAUGUUGCAUUUUAUAUGUGGCCGUGUUAUUUAAGAUUUAAUUCGUAAAAGAAUAUUAAUUUCAAAAAUGAAGAAUAGUCCAACUUUAUUUAAUGAAGAUAAAAUAUCGAAUAUUAAACAAGUUUGUACUGGAUUGCAGAGUCUAGACAGAAAAAUAAGAAAGCAGACUUUUGCUAAUUUAGAAAAGUAUUUGUCAGCAAAAGAAAACGAAUUCAGCAAUCAAGAAUUGCGAACUAUUUUUGUUGAUAUCCAUAUUUAUGUUCUUAAUGGCCUACGUGAUAAAACAGAAUCAGUUCGAGAACAGGCUAUAAAAUUUAUAAAAUAUUUUCUUAUUGAUAAAUUACCUUUGAAUGACUACUAUCUUACUUACGUCUUUCCAGUAUUAGUUGAACGACUUGGUUCAGUAGAAAUAAUAGAGGAAUCUGAAGAAAUUAGAUUGCAAUUACUUCAAUUAUUAGAAGAUAUAAUUUCGAAAUAUAACAACACAGCACAACUUGUGCCAUUUCUUAAUGAUUCAAUUAUAAUUUUGUCUGAAACUGUUAAAGACAAAUAUCCAGUUAUAAAAGAAUUAAGUUGUCGUACAAUAAUACAUUUAGCGAACGCUUUACCAAAAGAUUUUCACAAACAAGCAGAAUCCCUAAUAAAACCUGUCUUAACAUGUUUUUCUCACCAAAGAUACAAAGUUAGAGUUGAAGCAAUACAAGCUAUUGGGGAAAUUGUGAUGCAUAGUAGCUACAAAGCAUUAGAUGAAGCUGUAGGCCCUCUGGCUGAGAAACUUUUUGAUCAAAUUCCCAUAGUCAGAAGAGCAGUUGGACAAGUAGCUGCAAGAUGGUUAUUGGAAUAUAGAGACCGGUAUUCAUUCUUUCACAAAAUUUUACCUCUAUUACUUACCGGCUUAAAUGAUGAGGUGCUGGAAACGAGAAUGGAAGCAGCAGAACUCUGGGAAAAAGUUGGUAUGCAAUAUCAAAAUGAAAAUGAAAAGGAUUUCAAAGAGGAGUCAGAUUAUCUGAUAAAGCCUCCAAAAUAUUAUCCCAUAAAUGUGAAACGCCCCAAUUUAGGUUGUAGAGGAUUAGUAAAACGUAAUAUUUGUAAAAUAGCACCAGGUAUAGCAAGAGAGCUGAUGAGUUGGCAAGAAGAUGUGAGACUACGCUGUGCCCAGUUACUGUGUGCUUUAGCUUUACAUGCUGAAGAAGGUAUCACACAAAAUCUGCAAGACCUUUUUCUUUCGAUGUAUUCAGCAGCAAAAGAUGAUGAUCCAAGGGUUGUCAACAAUAUUGAAUGUGCUUCUGAAAUUAUUGGUUGUUUUGUUAAAUCCAAUGUUUGGUCUGACCUUAUGUUACCCAUAAUUGAAGAUGGGCCUCAUUAUGGGCAUUUGACUGUUCUGCAAGGAUUGGUGAAAGGAGCUCCCACAGAGUAUUUAGAUGGAUAUAUUGAGAACAUUUGUACAAUAUUGGCCAGGGAUUCUAUUUGUUGUAGCCGAAAGGAUAAAUAUCAAGUUGAACUGAUCAAAUGUUUGAGAGUAUUGUCUGAAAAAUAUCAAAAAGAUACAGACGAAUCAAUAGGCUUCUGUUUGUUCAAAAUAGCAGUAUCCGUAUUUUCUCUCAAACACCCUGACAAUUUAAAUAAAAUUAGCGACGCGGACAUUUUAGAAGAACUGAGAAAAUCCCUACAUUUGCAAAGCAUUCAACAAUUAUGGAAAUUGUAUUCACCAAAACUACUGAACCACGUUAAUAAGAAUCCAAGUUUAUGGGUAACUGUUACUGAAGAAGAAUGUAUAUUUUUAUUUAUUCUGACAAACAUGGAAGAAGCUUUUGGAGAAAAUUUGGAAAUUAUUAAAGACAUACUCGUGCAGGCCCUUGAUAUAGAUUGUGAUUGUGAAAGUCGUCUGAAAAUAUUGUACGUUUUAGCUACACUAUUUGAGAAAAAAGACAUUAUAUUUGGAACACAGAGAGAUGUUUCCGGCUUUUUAGAAAAACUUGUCCAAGAUAUAUUCGUGCCUUCUUUGAUAUGGCGCGCAGGUGCAACAUGCGAGGCUAUACGGACGAUGGCAGCAUCUUGUUUACAGAGCGCUCUCUUACCUACAGACGGCGUUGAAAUAUUUUCUGCGGAUAGUUUACCACCCGUAGUGGAAGACUUAUUACCACUGUUGGUAUCGUUGUUGGACGAUCCAUCUUAUCGCAGCAGACAGAUAGCUGUAGAGUGUUUGACUCUGUUGAAAGAAAACUGUCGCAGAAAGAAUAUUUGGACACUCGAAUAUCUUACGAAGAUUUAUCCAGAAAUCCUAAAGAGAUUGGACGAUCCUACGGAUAAAGUACGUAUGUCCGCGCUAAGAAAUCUGCCUUUUUUGUUCAAAGAUGUACCGGAAAAUUUCAAAAAUUCAACUUUCAAAGCUCACCAUGAACUUAUUAUAGAUACACUUCUAAUCCAUUUCGACGAUGAAGAAGAAUCUGUUCAGAAAUUGGUUAAAGAUGUUUUGGAAGAAGUUGCAAAAAUAAAUAAAAAGGAACUUUUGAAUAAACUGGAACGUCACAAGUCUUUAUUGAGAAAUCAGAAAGGAUGCGAAGAUUUGAUAGAAAGUCUUGGAGAUUUGAAAAUAACUGCAAUAGUCGAUAGUUAAUCAGAGUGGUCAGAAUUGUUAAGCAAUAUUUUAUAUCAUUACAAUAUACAGGCUCAUUACAGAAGUUUUA